GGAGAGCGUGUAGCUUGGGGAGUGGAAACAGCGGCUGUAAAAGUGACGUCAUACUUGGACGACAAGGGAGAGAAGUAUCGAGCUGGCCUGGCUCCCACCGAGAGCCCUAUGACCAUUAACCCGGCUCUUAAAGGAAGUUUAGUUUACAUGCACAAAGGAUCAAAACUUGUGGCCAAAUGCACUCGAUAUUUGCUGGAUAAAAUAGGUGACGCUGGAAUAGCUAUUGGGCGAUCAUUAGCAUCUGGUGCAGAAAAGACGUUGGGUAAAGGCAGUGGUGGUGGACUCGUGACGGGCACAAUAUCUGUGAUAGGAGGCGGUAUUGUGGGUGUGAGCACUGUAUGGAUGGCACUUGAGGACAACAGUCGUACGCUUUGCCGGAAUAUUGCUGAUCAGACGGUUCGGAAUGUGAAGAUAAAGUACGGAGAUGAAGCAUCGGAAGCAGCUCAUCAUGCCCUGUUUGCUGCAGGCCACAGUUCGUUGGCAGCUGCUCAGCUUUGGGAUCUUGGACCUCGCAGUAUCGCUGGUCGAAUGGCAAAGCGUGCCGGAGUCCAGCUGGUGAAAGAUCUCCACGAGAAACGCGCUGGAGAACCGCUGCCAUUAAAGACAAGGCUGAAGGACCCAAAGCUGAAGGAAUGA